CUCGGUCGCGCUUCGCACACGCCGCCACUUUGCCUUUUUCCUUCAAGUGCUCAAGCCCACCAGCAACAUGCCCCGCGGUACCAACUCCCAAGGCAACACGUACAACUCGCCCGCGGUCUCGCAGCCCAACACCAACAGCUAUCACUACUCCAACACGGACGGCUCGUACUACUAUCAAAACUCGAACGGCUCGACGUACUACAACAACGGCCAGGGCAGCGCCACGUACACGGCGCCCAACGGCACGCGCUACGCCAAGUAAUCGUGUUAAUGACACCCUUGCGUUUUCAUAUGA